UCUCUUCCUCUCUUUCGCUCUUUCUCUCUCACACUCUCUCCCACUUCCACACAUACACACUCUCCCACGGGGCGGCGAGAACGGACUCCACAAGUACAGAUCAGCAUUCCAGGACUCCACCUCCAGCAUGAGUUAUUCCAGUGACAUGUAUUCCGGCAGCUCUUAUCGGAAGAUCUUUGGGGAUGCUCCCCGGGCCUCGGGCCGCAUGUCUGUGGGCAGCAGCCCCUCUCGUCUCUCCACGGGUUUCCGUGCCAGCCCUCAUCGCAACUAUGCCACCUCAUCCUCCAGCUACCGGAAGGUGGGAGCCGGGCGCAGCUUCUCCUCCAUGCCCGACUCCAUGGACCUGACGCAGUCCACGGCCGUUACCAACGAGAUGAAAAUCAUCCGCACCAACGAGAAAGAGCAGAUGCAAGGCUUGAACGACCGCUUCGUCUCCUUUAUCGAGAAGGUGCACAACCUCGAGCAGCAGAACAAAGUGCUCGAGGCUGAAGUUACCUUGCUGCGUCAGCGCCACAACGAGCCCUCUCGUCUCCAUGACCUGUACGAGCAAGAGAUCCGCGAGCUGCGGGCGCGUGUGGAAGAACUAACCCACGAGAAGAGCCAGAUGCACCUGGACUGCGUGCAGAUGAACGAGACCCUGGAACGCAUGAGGGAGAAGCUCGAUGACGACACUAAGCUCCGCGAAGAUGCCGAGAACACCCUGAAGACCUACCGCAAGGACGUGGACGAUGCCACGAUGUCAAGGCUGGAACUGGAGAAGAAAGUUGAAUCCCUCUUAGAUGAGAUUUCCUUCCUCAGAAAAGUUCACGACGAGGAGUUGCACGAGUUGCAGACGUCCCUGCAGGCUUCCCAGGUAUCUGUUGAGAUGGACAUGGGCAAACCAGACCUGGCCGUAGCCCUAAAGGACAUCCGGGCCCAGUACGAGGUCCUGUCCGCCAAGAACAUGAACCAGGCUGAGGAGUGGUACCACUCCAAGUUUGCCAGCGUGAGCGAGGCCGCCGCCCGCAACACAGACAACUUGAAACAGGCCAAGGAUGACUUGAGCGAGUACCGCAGGCAGGUGCAGGCCCGCACGCUGGAGAUCGAGGCCCUCAGGGGCCACAACGAGGCCCUGGAGAGGCAGAUGGCCGACAUGGAGGAUCGCCACAGCAACGAGAUGGGAGAGAUGCAGGAGACCAUCCAGCAGCUGGAGUCUGCCCUGCGUAGCACCAAGGGUGAGAUGUCCCGUCACCUGCGUGAGUAUCAGGACCUACUGAAUGUGAAGAUGGCCCUGGACAUUGAGAUAGCAGCUUACAGGAAGCUUCUGGAAGGUGAGGAGUGCCGUCUGACCUCUGUGAGCGGGGCCAUCCAGCACUCUGGCUACUCUGGCUACUCCUACUCCUCCAGCCGCUCCUACGCCCUGGGGUCUUCCCUGCCCUACAGGAGGAGCGGAGCCAAGCCCGAGCAGGAGGAGGAUGAGGAGGAAGAGGAGAAGGAGGAAGAGGAGAACGAGGAGGAGGGAGAGGGAGAGGGAGAAGGAGAGGGAGAGGGAGAGGAGGGAAACGACGAGGAGGAGGGCGAGGGAGAUGAGGAAGAAGAAGAGGAGGAGGAGGAGGAAGAGCAGAAGGAGAAAGAGAAGGAGAAGGAUGCUAAGAAGUCUGGCGCUGCCGGCAAGGGCACCAAGAGCUAAACAGAUGAUUGUACCAUUCGCUCCAUCACAGUCCAUGCCUUCACUCAUUCAUAUGGUUCCAAUCCCUUCCCUGUCACCUCAUCUCUUCACCUUGUUACCAGGAAACGCACACAUUACAAGACACACACACAUGGAAACAUUCGUUCACAGGCACGCACGCACACACACACAAGCUCACCCGGUCAGUCACACACUCCAGAUCCCUCCCUUUUCCUCUGUUAACUCGGGCUGGUUUCGAUUAGAAUGGGCUUCACCAUCACGGGGGCCUCAUCGUGGGUCUCACCCGUCAGAUGAAGUUCACCCCAGACCAGAGAGCAGGUGUGCCUAGGCAGCUCGCCAGCCUGGAGGGCCAUGCCUUCAAGGCUGGGUGAACUCAUGGUGAGAUGGAAGCACCCGGAAAGCCCCUGUCUUAAUGUGCCAUUAGCAAUACAACAUGUAGGCCUAUGAGGUUAAGAGCAAUUGCAAGCGUAAAAGGAAUAACUCCAGCGCAAGAUCUGCUAGCACAGAUUUCUACGCUACGCACCGGUCUUGAGCACAUCAAUUCUACCGGACCAACUUUCACGGUGCUAUUAGAUUUUUACUUCAAAAGUUGGGAAAGUUCUGUAUCAGAGGUUGUAGUGUAGCAUGCGCUCUUUGACCAAGUCAUGGAUGUUAGCAUGUGACAGGAACAGUGACUUAUUGCCCGGCUGCAGAUCCAAUGACACGUAUCUCUCUGAGGAAUGGCGAUUGCUUCACUCAUUUUUCUCUCUCUUUCAUUCACUCACGUUCUGUCCAUUCGUCCCCUUUCUUUUCCAUUCAGUCUCAUCCUCAGUCGACGUUUAGCCUUCAUCCUCCCCCUCCCUCUGUCACUGCGAAUGUCAUAGCACGGCAAAAAAAAAGAAUAAAAAAGAAUACUAUUUUAAUUUAGAAUAUAUAUAUAUAUAUUAAAAGUUAAACCUUUUUUGGGGAAAGGCCUGUGGUGGCAGAGUACAAGUGCAUUGUGCAGAGGCUGUAUGGAGUGCACCUUGGCGAAUGGCAUAUGUAGAGUUUAAAGAUGCUGCUAUUUAUUACAUUGUACAAUUCUUGUUCAGAGUAUGAAUAUCUCCUCUUGAUUGAUUUAUUUUUCACUAACAUUUAUCACCUCUGGUUUCUCAGUGAGACAAUUCCCUCCAAGUGUAGCUUAGUCCCUUUCUCUCUGUCUAGAUUAGAGUGAGUGGAGUUGGUUCUGGUAACCAGUGCUCUGGUUGUGUUGUUUGGAGAUGGUGCAGUGGGUGUUUGGUCUGCUUGCCUGCCCUGAGUGGGCUCUCUGGCAGACAGGGGAGAGGCUGCAAGGAGG